GCUUUUCUCUCUUUACCUCUCAACGUGUUAGCCUUUUUUUCUUCCUCCUCAAGAUUCUCAACUUCGCUGACAAUCUCACAAUUUUUCUCGGGGAAAAAAAAACAUCUUCUUGAUUCUCUGUUUCCUUUUCUUUCUCCGCUUUUCCUUCUUUCUUAAUAUAUCUUUGGGAGGCGAAGAGACGGGCAGUUUCCUCCGAUGUCGCGCCGUCUUUUCGCCUGUUUUCGCGGCAAGAAAUCUUCAUCCUCCACGAGUAAACCUAACUCCGGUAACAACUCCGCCGCCGUAUCCGAUGACGUUCCUGCCGGAGACGGACCCGUUCUCGUCCAGCUUUUCUCGUCUCAGGGAUGCAAAACGUCGCCAGCGGCGGAGAUGCUCAUGUCCAGGCUCGGCCGAGGUGAUUUCGACGCUCAGAUCCGUGGAGGAGAAGACGGUGGUUCUGUAUCUCCGGCGAUGGUUCUGGUCUUCCACGUCGAUUACUGGGACUACAAGGGCUGGAAGGAUCCGUACGGGUCGAGCCAGUGGACGGUGAGGCAGAAGGCGUACGUGGAGGCGUUGAAUCUUGACACGAUGUUCACUCCGCAGCUUGUAAUCCAAGGAAGAUCUCAACUGGUCGAUAACGAGGAAGAGACUCUGCUCAAAUCUAUCGUGGAAGCUCCUAGGUUUCCUUCUCCCGCGUUCAAGGCGAGUUUCCAGAGACCAACCUCAGAGACACUGCAAGUAUCACUAACGGGAGCUUUGAGGAUGAAAGUAGACGGGAACGGACUAGACAUAAUGGUGGCGUUAUAUGAAACGGGGCUGGUGACAGACUGUGAGAGAGGAGAGAACGAAGGAAGAAUGUUGUCGAAUGACUACGUCGUAAGAAAGAUGGAGAAGAUGUGCACUGUGAAAGACGUAACAGCGAAGAAGUCGGUGUCCGGGACUGCUCAUUUCACGCUCUGGGAUGGAUUCAACAGCAGCAAAUGUGGUGUCGCUGUCUUUCUUCAAAACUCGUCUCUUCAUAUCUUUGGUACUCAGAGUUUUAAGUUGCCUGAUGAGAUUUGAUUUACUCCUUAUAAUCUGAAAACCUUUGGCUUUAAACACGAUUUGUUUUUUUUUCUCUCUCUGUCGCUCAUGUUUUUUUCUUGCUUUGUGAAUCCAUUUCUCCGCAGUGGAAUUACUGUUUGUACAGUUAUAUGGUGUGGCUCUUUACCUGGUUUUAGGUCUUAUAUAUUUUUGAUUUCUAACU